AUAUCUUAUAUUGCAGAUUAUAAAAAAUAGUGCAUGUUUUGUUCUUUUUCAACUUGUUAAUGGAAAAUAUUGCUUUUCAACGAGAUGCUGUAUGCUGUUGUUGUUGGAAAAUGUUUGGAGCUAGGUCCAAAUCUUUAAUCAGUGUAAAUUCAACUGUUGAAGAAAUGAUGAAGCUGUUUGUUUAUCCAGGAUUUUCUCUGGAUGUGUGCAGCUAUCCAAAUGUUAUAUGUUCUGGGUGUCAGAGAAAUCUUUACCUACUUAAGGCUGGAAAACCUCAUCGAGGUUCAUGGGGAGAAAAGAUUGCUAAAGUUGAAUGGAAGAUGAUGACAAGAACAACUUCAUCUUUGACAACUCAUACCCAGGAAGUUCCUAAUUUGUCAAACUCAAGUGUGUCAUCCAAAUUAUGUAGUAUAUGUUUUUCAACUAUUGCGAAAGGGUAUUUACACAACUGCUAUUCAAUAUCUGCAGUAGAGAACCUGAUUUUAUUAGCAUUAAGUUUAGGAAAUUUGCAAGCAGAGCAAGUUGCAUCGAGUAUAAUAAAAGCAAAGAUGGAGACUGACGAAAUUGCAAAUGGGGAACAAUUUAUUUUGUCUUCUGGCGGAAAUCCAUUGAUGAUUACAGUUGGAUGCCCUGAUAACAAAGCAAAAAGAAGGUACUUAUAUACUGUUGAGUACAUAUUUAUUAAAUGAGAAGAUAGUAAUAUUUUUUUCAUUUAUGCCUAGUUCAGUAAAACAAGUAUCCCUUCAGAUGAUUAAGGAACUUCAAAUAGUUUUAGAACUUUCCCUAAAUAAAACUGGGGUAUUAAUAUCUACUCUUCGAAAAAAGGAAUGGGAAGUAGGUUGGCCGUUGAAAACAACAUUUUUGGAAAAAUGAGUGACCUAGAAGAGUCUUUAUCGCAUUUUUAUCAAGUCGAAAAGGUCAACUUCCUUGAUAGUAGUGAUGGCACUUCUAUAAAAGAUCUUGUUUUUGUUCAAGACACAUCUAGUUUUAUUCUAGACUUAAUAAAUCAACGUUGUCUCGAUCCCCAGUCAGCUUUUGUUCGUAUAUCUAUGGAUGGAGGAGGUGGUUUCAUGAAAGUAAUUGUAAAUGUUUUUGAUGUUAAUGAAAAUACAUCUUCAAAUUUAUACUUAAAUAGUGGUGUACAACGCUGUCAAAUCCUCUCCAUAGUUGAAGAUGUGCAAGAGUCAAAUUUCAAUUUAAGAAUAAUUUUAGAGAAACUCAAUUUACAAGAUGUAAAGUUUUCAGCAGCUUUUGAUUUGAAAUGUGCUAAUGCAGUUUUUGGAAUUUCAAGCCAAGCAGGCAAAAAAGCUUGUCUUUGGUGUGAAGGAGAUUCAAGUGAAGUUUGUGGUAAACUGCGAACACUUGGAAGCCUUGACUAUUGGUAUCAAAGAUACACUGUUGAAAAUAGUUCAAGGAAAUCUAAUAUGAAACAUUAUAUGAACGUGAUAUAUCCAAGAAUUCUCUACCUUGACGAAGAUCCAGAUACAUUAAUCCAACAUUUAGUACCUCCUCCUGAAUUACAUAUCCUAAUAGGAAUAGUAACAACACUAGGAUGUUUAUUAAUGGACCUCUGGCCCGGUUUUGAUAAUUAUUUGAAAAAUUGUGGGGUUAUACAGAGAGGAUAUCAAGGUAGGGGUUGGGAUGGGAAUAACUCAAACCAUAUACUAAAGUGUGUUGAUGAGUUAGAAAGAGCUGUUUUAUAUGAAUAUCUUGAUCUUGUGCCAAUUAUUCAAUGUUUAAAAGACUUUAAGAUUGUAAAAGAUUCUUGUUUUGGUAGAACACUUGAGCUUGGGUAUCAGCAAGCCAUUCUCAAAUUUAAGAAUUCCUUUUUAUCUGCUCAAGAAAUUGCAGGUAUUCUUAGAAAAAAACUUUCAAUUAGUUGGAAAGUACAUAUACUCUUGUGUCAUGUGCAACCUUUUGUUGAAUACCAUAAAUGUGGCUUAUCCAAGUAUGCUGAACAAUGUGGAGAAUCUGUUCAUUCAAAAUUCAAACCAACGUGGAGCAGGUUCAAGCGAGAUGUUGCAAACAAAGAGUAUGGUGGAAGACUCCUCUCUUCUGUGAUUGACUUUAACGGAAGAAGAGUUAGUUAUGUUUAGUGAUUUUUAUGUUUUAAAUUUUAUUUUAUUUAUUUAAAUAAAUUU